AUGGCUUUUACAUUUCAUGAUUACUGCGACUCAACUGCUGCCCCAUCAUACGGUGACAACUCUACUCUCUCCUACUGCUUGGAAGACACUGAGUAUGAGAUCAAGGCUCCCACCACUGCCGAUCACCUCUUCGCCAAGAAGUACGCUGACGUCGCCGACCAGUCUGCUGAUGACUUGGUAGACAUGCUUACCAGGGACCAGAAGGAGGCCUUAGACUACUCUUACUACACUGGGGCCUCCACUUGUGCCCAGAAUGUGGACGGCAAGUGGCGCGUCAUUGUGAACGACGUGCAUUAUUAUAGCCAAACUGCCCGCCUUCAGACUUGUCUGUUCCCAGAGGCUGCUUGCCGCGCCCUUGCUCCUUGCUGCCAGAGCCACUGCACCUAG